AUGUCAACACGUAGGGAGGUUGUCUCGUAUCACCCAUUGCCUACACCAGGCGUGGCAAACAGCCUCAAGGAUGAGAUCCAGUCAACAGUUACGGAACGAAGGGCAUUGGGUACAGCUGGAAACUUCAUUAACUCAUUCGAGCUGAAAUGGUCUGGGAAAAAGGAGUUUGAUUUUAAUGGGGAAGCUGAUUUCCUUGAUGGAUACCAAUGCCCUGAUGAAUAUUGGGGCUCUGCACCUCCAAAGGACACUAAGACCAGCGUCUCAUUCCUUGGGUCAAGUGAUGAUGGUAACACAUUCUUGCACUCCUCAGUCUAUAUGCCGAGUGCUCCACCAGUGCUUGAUGAAGAAGCCUUGAAUUACAACAUUUAUCGGGCUGUGCUGGAAGCAGAGCCACCUGAUUGGCUUCCUGACAGUUAUGCUAGCGCGUGUAUGCAGUGCGCUGCUCCUUUCACUGCCCUCACCCGUGGAAGGCAUCAUUGUCGAUUCUGUGGAGGGAUAUUUUGCAGGGCAUGCUCAAAGGGGCGAUCUCUGUUGCCUGCCAAGUUUCGUGAGCGGAAUCCGCAAAGAGUCUGUGAUGCUUGUUAUGAUAGGCUUGAUCCAUUGCAAAACUUAUUGAUUAAUUCUGUCAGCAAUGCCUCACAAACUGCAAAGCAUGAUGUUAUGGAUUGGACUUGUGCAAGAGGGUGGUUAAAUUUACCCAUCGGGUUAACCAUGGAGCAUGAGAUUUACAAGGCAGCAAAUACCCUGUUGAGUUACAGCCAGGUAGCAAGAAUAAACCCUGAGAAGUCUAUUCCCCAUGCAGUUCUUAGUGGAGCAAGUGGGCUUGCCAUAUUAACAGUUGCAAAAGCUGGUGCUAUUCUUACUUACAAACUUGGAACUGGCCUAGUAGUUGCUCGAAGAUCUGAUGGAUCAUGGUCUGCACCAUCUGCUAUACUUUCAGCUGGUUUUGGAUGGGGAGCACAGGUUGGUGGUGAGCUUAUGGAUUUCAUCAUAGUGCUUCGUGGCCCAGAAGCUGUCCGAACUUUCUGCAGUCAAAUACAUUUUUCACUUGGGGCAGGUGUAAGUGCUGCAGCAGGACCUGUGGGCAGAGUACUAGAAGCAGACCUGAGAGCUGGUGAUAAAGGAUCAGGAGUUUGCUAUACAUAUAGCUGCAGCAAAGGUGCAUUUAUUGGUGUCUCAUUAGAAGGGAAUCUAGUUGCCACACGGAUGGACGCUAAUCUGCGCUUCUAUGGUGACCCAUAUCUGACAACCAGCGACAUUCUCACGGGGAAUGUGGAACAGCCAAAUGCUGCCAAAUUUCUUUACACUGCAUUGGAUGAUCUAUACUCAGGGCUGGAGGAUUGUUAG